AUGCCACCUCGCAAGGCCACAACAUUCGUGCGACCAACCCAAGAGGAUUGUCUGUUUCAAGUGGAGUGCUGUACGUGGUGCCCAGCCGGCGGCUGGUUUGAGCAGAUAGAAAUGGACAUUUGCUAUGAGUGUGACGACGGCAGCAUACCAGCGGAUAGUGUUCUUUUCACUUGGGGGCCUCGGUUCUUCGCCGCUGGCAAAAAAAUGGGGAAGUCCCUUAAUAUCACGGAAACUAUGCGCUCAUCCAUUGAGAGAGCAGGGUUCGUUGACGUUCAUGAAAAGACCACGAAGUGGCCUAUUGGGGCAUGGCCGAAAGACAAAGCAUUGAAAGAGGCCGGCUUAGUCAAUAUUCAGCAUUGGCUUGCGGGCAUGGAGGGCUACUCGAUGUACCUACUUACUAAGUUCGGAGAUCCGGUGCCAUGGACAAAGGAAAACGUGCUACUCUAUGUUGCGGAGAUGCGGAAAGCACUCAAAAACCCUCACUUUCAUGCCUACCAUGCGCGUGAAGAGAAUCUGUGCCAAGAAGCCCCUGUCUGA